GCUUUCUUUCCAGUGUUGUGUUCGAGCGUGUUGCAUAUCAAUCUGAUUUGCAUUGCCAUUGUAUAUCAGCUUACCUGCUUUGAAUUGAAGAUGGCCAGUACCGGUACCAUGUACAGUAUUCCUCCUUCGGCUCCAAUUGAUGGAAAAAUGGACCUGCCGUCGUGCAUGUAUCGCAUGCCACCGCUGCAGGGCGGCCCCUGCGGAGCCGAACAAAGCUCUUCUCAGGCAUCCACCUCAGCAGAGGCCUCAUCCAGCGCUUCCCUGGCUUCACUGGAGCAGCGGCAAGUCGCAGUCAUUGCUGACCUUGAGGAGCUCCAAGUACAGGUUGACUCGCUGGCAUUGCGCUUGAAUGUCGCUAUUCCGCCGCUACCCGGUACAAGCAGCGACCAGCAGAUUGUGGUGCAUGCCUCUCCCAACAACCCACCAACGGCCGUACUCUACCUGCUCCGCGCUCUCGCUCACAAGCUGCCCGUAACCACCGCCGUCUAUCUGCAUUCCUCGCUCAAGUCUCUCUCCACGGAGCUGCAGCAGUUCCUGCGCACAGUUGUCCCCAACAGGUCCUCGGCGGAAGCUCUCAGGCUUGUCGUCGUGUGGCGUGAAAUUGCUGACGACGAGUCGUACAUCAUGGUGCGCUCCCACGGUGCUGGAGCGGCACAGUGCUGUGUACGCGGACAGCAGAACAUUGGCCGCUACCUGUGUCGAAAGUACCUGUACCGGCUCUACGAAGCACUGGGCGCGAUGGCCACGCUAGAAAUCGACGCCGCAAUCUCCAGUUUCUACCUGCCUCUCCUCGCGUCCAGCCAGACUAACAAUAAGGAACAGGCCGCAGCGUUAAAGCAGGCGAAUGUCGCUCUUGGCCGGAACGCUUUUCUUGCUGGCGAGAACGUAUCCCUGGCUGAUCUCCUUCUGUACUCAGUGGUAUCACGAAAACCAGCUCUAGUCACGGCCAACAAUGUCAAGGCGUGGGUGAAACGCCUGGCCACCAACCCCAUCACCGCACCGGUUGCACUGUAAUUGCCGCGCUAGAUCCGUUGAAGAUGCACGAUUCUCUCCUCGUUUUAUUUUCUUCAGCCCUGCUUUUAUUCCCCAUUUUCCGCCCGUGUGCCGAUGCGUGCAGUGUGAUCAUUGUGACAGCGUGUGUGCAUGUGUGUGUAUGUGUACGUGUGUGCAUGUGUGUGUGUGCAUGUGUGUUUUUAUAGAGCAUUUGGAAGACAAUUAUAGCGUUCAUUUGGGGAUGUUUUUUUAGGAUGAUAAAAUUGACAACAAACUGUGGUACCCGCUA